CGGGUCACCUGACUCGGCUCCACCUCGCGCGGCGGCUGCGUGAAGAAGAUCCCGUUUCUACCGUUUCAAGGUUAUCCGCUGCGGGAGCCGCGCUUCGAGGAUCCUAUGGGAUUUCUGGUAAUCGCAGGUUUUCUUUGGACUGUGGUCGGAGUGGGAUGCUGGCCGAUGACCUCGCCCCUCACUAAUGCAAAGGUUGAAUGUGUGAUUCGGGAGACGCUGAAUGGAGAUGGAUCACAGCAUGAGUGUGACCCCCAGCUGGCAGAGGAACUUGAUGAAGUCCAAAGACAUCAGGGUCUGCUCAGGGAGCUGCAGAAGCUGGCCGAUGAUGGAGGGAGUACGAGAAGGGCGGGUAUCGCUAUAGUCUGGCUGAUGAUGAGAGCGACUUUGAUGAAGGGGACGUGGCCGCAAUGACGGACAAACCUAACAACAAGGAGACGAUAAUAGAGGAGCCACGACUUGAGGACAGAGAGAGCGCAGAUGAAGAGGAGAGAGCGAAGGAGCUGGAGGAGCUUCUGGACGAAGAAAUCACCAAGAAUGGAAAAGAGGAGAGAAGUGAUGACAACCUCAAAGAACUUCUAAAAGAGCUGAAGAAGAAACGCUAUGAGGCGGUGAAGGAGAGGCAGACCCAGAAGGAGUUUGGAAAGGAACAGACAGAGGACAAGAAGGAAAAGGAUGACAAAAAGGAGGAAACAAAGGAAGAGGGAGAAAGGACAGAGGAUGUGGAGAUGCAGCAGUCGGAGGAAAGGAGGAAGAAUGAAGUGGAGUUGAUGGUGGAGAAGGAGAAGGUGGAGAGGGAGCUGCAGCAGCUGCUUCAAGAGGAGCAGAGCAAGCCGGAGCAGGAGCGAGAGAGGAAGGAGAAGCAAGAGGAACUGGAGGAACUCGAGAGGAAGAUGAAACGAGUGCAGCAGGAGGAGGAGGUGGUGAAGGUGCAGAGAAGGAGGAAAGACGACAGCACGGAGGAGGGAGCAGGCGAUAAGCGUAAUGAGAAGAAAGACAGCGACGGAAAAAAGGAGGACGAGGUGGAGAAGGAGCAAGAAGCAGAAGUGAAGGAGCCGCAGCAGAAGAGAAUGAUGGAGAAAGCGAGUGACGAGGCCACGCGGCAGUUUGAGCGGGAGCGGUACAAGAACAAGGAAGAGGAAGAUCACCAGAACGAGGAAGAUGAUGAUGAAUAUAUCAGGGAGGAUGAAGAGGAGGAGGAGGACAAUGACGAGGGUGACGCUGGAGAAGAUGAAGGAGAAGAGCUGCUGGAAAUUGAGGCGGAGCUCCGUAAAGUCGCCGCAGAGCUUAGGGAGCUUCGCAGAGGAUAAGCCACGCCCACAACACAAGGUCCACGAAAAAA